AUGUGUGUCGUUGGUGCCGUAGGUUAUUUUGUCGUGAAGAAAAAGAGCGCUGCCGGUAUUGCUGCAGCAGUUGGAAUGCGUGAUGAUGUAUCCGCUACCGCAAAACCUAUGGAUCCAACGCCCGAAAUUUCAACACCGUCAACUGGAACAGACUCACAAGGAAUGGAAGGAAGUAAAAGUGGCUCAAAAAAAAAGAAAAAGAAAGGUAGUAAACGAAAGAAACAGAAGAAGCAGUGA